GCUGAUUUCAUUCCUUUUCAAAUUAAGCUUCUGACAAGAACAAAGCAAAGCUACUUUUCAUCAUCAUGAGUGCUCUACUUGCCUCUCAAAUAUCAUGCAUGUUUCUGCUUUUGAUCGGCACUUUAAUUUUUGGCAUUUCACCGGUGUGGGUCAAAAAGACUUUAUUUCGAUGUGACUGUGAGAGCGAUGUAUGUAACCCAAAGUGCAGAGCUAAAAAAGGCAAACUUAUAACUUCCUUCCUUAUUUACUUCGGUGGUGGUGUCUUACUAGGAACGACUCUCCUUCAUCUUCUGCCUGAAUCCAGAGAAGCUUUUGAAGAUCAUGAUGAGGAGUGUAAAUCAUCAGGAAACUCAACCGAGGUGAAAGAGGAACAUGGUGAAUCAUUCCCCAUUCCGGAAUUCAUAGUCUGUUGUGGGUUCUUCGCAGUUUACCUGUUUGAAGAGAUUGUGCACUUUUACCUCGGAGGACAUGCUCACGCUCCCAGCGAGAAUAGAGCAGUGCGAUCCUUCUCUCGUUCCAGUUCAUGUGGUCAGCACUCAGUUUCAGGUGAAUUUGGCGCUUCUGGGUAUGCCAAAACCCAAGCGAUGGAGAAAGGCAAGGUAUCACCUUCACCACCAUCUCACCAUGAUCACCAUGUUGAUUUACCAUCAUUUUCUCUAACUGGUCUUCUUACGGUUGCUGCACUGUCUUUCCAUUCUUUAUUCGAAGGCUUUGCUGUUGGUCUCCGAAAUGAUGCCCUUAGUACCUGGAUCGUCUUCGCCGCUAUUUCUGUGCAUAAAUUCGUGAUUGCCUUUGUUGUCGGCCUUGAAGUUCUUGCCACGGGAGGCAAGAAUAAGCACGUGUACAGUUACAUGGGCGUUUUCUCUCUAAUGUCUCCAUUAGGUAUACUCAUCGCCAUAAUUACCCAAAGCAGUUUGGAGGAAAGCAACCCUAUGACAGUAAGUGUGCUGAAUGCUAUUGCAACUGGAACCCUUUUGUAUGUCACUUUCUUCGAGAUUCUUCAAAGAGAUGAGCAUAAAGACAUAGCAACUUGGGUACAACUCGUCGCAACUGUGUCUGGAUUUAUAAUUAUGGCUAUCAUUCAAUACGUAAGCACACUGGCGUAAGAAAACGAUUUAUUGGCAAGAAGAAUUGGAGGCUAUUGUGAAAGUUUUAUCUAUUUUUUAAAUAUGACAUAAUAAGUUUUGAUGGAAUGUUCUGAUAACAAUUAUUGUUUUUACUAUGUUUGUACAGUCUAUAUGUUUUUCUGUUUGAGAAAAGUUAACAAGACUUUUGUAACAUUUUGUACAGGAAUUGGCUCUCUUAUAUGUUAAACAUGCGCAGUAGUUUUGCUCAAAGUAUUUUUAAUAAAAAAAAGAAAAAGAA